UCCCUCUCCCAACAUGGCGGCCUCAGCGAAAAAGAAGAAUAAGAAGGGGAAGACUAUCUCCCUAACAGACUUCCUGGCCGAGGAUGGGGGGACUGGUGGAGGAAGCACCUAUGUUCCCAAGCCAGUCAGCUGGGCUGAUGAAACAGACGAUCUGGAAGGAGGUGUUUCAACCACUUGGCACAGCAACGAUGAUGAUGUGUACAGGGCACCUCCAAUUGACCGUUCCAUCCUUCCCACUGCUCCACGGGCUGCUCGGGAACCCAAUAUCGACCGGAGCCGUCUUCCCAAAUCACCACCCUACACUGCUUUUCUAGGGAACCUGCCCUAUGAUGUGACUGAAGAGUCCAUUAAGGAGUUCUUUAGAGGGUUGAGUAUCAGUGCAGUGCGUUUACCACGUGAACCCAGCAAUCCAGAGAGGUUGAAAGGUUUUGGUUAUGCCGAGUUUGAAGACCUGGAUUCCCUGUUCAGCGCCCUGAGCCUCAGUGAAGAGUCUCUAGGUAACAGGAGAAUUCGAGUGGACGUUGCUGAUCAAGCACAGGAGAAAGACAGGGAUGAUCGUUCUUUUGGCCGAGACAGAAAUCGGGAUUCUGACAAAACAGAUACAGACUGGAGGGCCCGUCCUGCCACAGACAGCUUUGACGACUACCCACCUAGAAGAGGGGAUGAUAGCUUUGGAGACAAGCAUCGUGGUCGUUAGGAUUCAGGCCGGUAUCGUGACGGUUAUCGUGACGGCCCACGCCGGGAUAUGGAUCGAUAGGGAGGCCGGGAUCGUUAUGAUGACCGAGGCAGCAGAGACUAUGACAGAGGCUAUGACUCCGGGAUAGGCAGAGGCAGAAGAGCAUUUGGUAGUGGGAACCGCAGGGAUGGUGACUACAGAGGAGGCGGGGAUGGCUAUGAAGACCGAUACGACAGACGGGAUGAUCGGUCAUGGAGCUCCAGAGAUGAUUAUAGGCGUGAUGAUAGAGGUCCCCCCCAAAGACAACUGAAUGUAAAGCCUCGGAGUACUCCUAAGGAAGAUGAUUCCUCUGCUAGCACUUCCCAGUCCAGUCGAGCAGCUUCCAUCUUUGGAGGGGCAAAGCCUGUGGACACGGCUGCUAGAGAACGGGAAGUAGAAGAACGGCUACAGAAGGAGCAAGAGAAAUUGCAGCGUCAGCUGGACGAGCCAAAACUAGAACGACGGCCUCGGGAAAGGCACCCAAGUUGGCGAAGUGAAGAAACUCAGGAACGGGAACGGUCGAGGACAGGAAGGGAGUCAUCACAGACUGGGACCUCCGCAACAGCUGGCAGAAGUAAGUCAGAUCAGGAUGCACGAAGGAGAGAAAGCGAGAAGUCUCUGGAAAAUGAAACCCUCAGUAAGGAAGAAGACUGUCACUCUCCAACUUCUAAGCCUCCCAAAUCUGAUCAGCCUCUAAAGGUAAUGCCAGCCCCUCCACCAAAGGAGAAUGCUUGGGUGAAGCGAAGUUCUAAUCCUCCUGCUCAAUCUCAGGGCUCAGAAACAGAGCAGCAAUCUCCUACAAGUAGUGGUGGAAAAGUAGCUUCAGUUCAACCAUCUGAGGAAGGACCAGCAAGAAAAGAUGAAAACAAAGUAGACGGGGUGAGUGUCCCAAAAGGCCAAAGCGGGAACUCUGUCCGUGGUCCAGGAGAUGGAGGGAGCAAAGACCACUGGAAGGAGUCUGAUAGGAAAGAAGGCAAAAAGGAUCAAGACUCCAGAUCUGCACCUGAGCCAAAGAAAACUGAAGAAAACCCAGCCUCUAAGUUCAGUUCUGCAAGCAAGUAUGCUGCUCUCUCAGUUGAUGGUGAAGAUGAAAACGAGGGGGAAGAUUACACCGAAUAAACCUCUACAUCUUAUGCUUUCUCCUAGUCUCACUCCAUCCUGGAACAUUCGAGAGCAAAUCAAACCUCUAUCCAGACAAGACAAAAUAAAACACACCAUCUCCUG